AGCAAUCUUUUAUGUCUGCACUCAUUUUCGUACAAUAUUAUUAUUUGAAGGUGUAGGCCGUUGUAGCGUUUCGUCAGUACUAAUUUAGUGUAUAUUAUUCUUGUUGUAAUUCCACUCCUCUUCCUGAUUCUUAAUCAUUGAUAAGUUGUUUCAGUGUUAAUUUGUAAUAACUUAAAAACCAGACGAGGUGUCUAUCUAUUCUUGCAUUUGCUGUUUUAAGCGAUCUAAUCGACGUAGUCCACACAAGUUGUGUUUGGCUAAUUCACUUAAUUGAAGAAAUUAUGAGUGGCCGAGGCAGAGGAGGUGGCCGUGGACCGGUCCGCAUUAGAGUGUCCAGGGUUAUACCCGAACAAGGAGCAGUUCUAAAAACCCGUACCAACAAUGGUGACCUAUACGAGGAUACGAUGUUGCUGGUCAAAGACCAACCACUGCCGACAAGGAAACGUGGCAGACCAAAGAAAGUAGUAACGCAGAUCUCUCCGGUAGUAAGGAGUACUCCGGAGGUAAUAUAUGUGCCAUCGGUGCGAGAUGACAGACGCUAUGUGCCGUUUGUGACAAGUGUGAACAGAGCGUGUCCUGGGCCACUCCCUGGCCAGAUCCGACACACUAUCCGUUGUGUCAUACAGCCCACGUCUACUGCUGUCACCAGACCUUUGCAGCCACCUAGACCAAAGCAUAAGGAUGACAGAAUCGACUGGCCUGGCGACCUGAAGGAGUUGGUGGACACGUGGGACAAUCUGCCAGAGAGCAACACCAGAGAUGUGGUUAAGUGGUUACAGACCUCAUUGCAGCACCAAGGCUACCCCCACAUGGUGCGAAAUAUCCACCACAUGAUGUGUGAGUGGGACGAGUCCCUUGAAAACAAGAUCCAUCAGAUUGGCAGUUGGUGGCUUGGGAGUCCAGCGCCACCUUCGACCUCAGUGACUCCAGCAGUUCCAACGUUACCCAAGGUAGUGGUAGAGGCACAGCCAAACCCCCACCAGCUCUGCUCCCAGUGGUCAUCCAUGGCAGACAAUGAUGGGAAACAACAGCCAUAAGCUUGUGCUUUUGAUAUUUAUAACUUAUCUGUGAUUGUUGUCUAGAGUUCCUAUACUGUUGUUACAAAAUAUAUUAUGUUGUGAUCUGCAAUAACAUCAAAUGUUUCCAGAUCAGUUAUACUAUUAGAAACGAUAAUAUGUAAGACAAAUCUUGAUGGUUGUUAUUGCUAAAGGAAUUAAGUUAUAGCAUGCAUGACAACUAUUUAUUAAUUUGUUCCAAACUCAAAAUUUAUUGUAAAGGAUUCAAUUUGUUUUGUUUUGAUAAAAAAUGUCAGGUUUUGUUAUUUUGUAAAACUAUAGCUUAGAAUGGAGUAAAGACUGAUCUUUAGUAGUUAAUUAGACCAGUAAAAUAAUAUGUUUAAUUUUGUUUACUUUGUUCUCUUAAUAAAGUUGAUAAUAAUAAUGAUAAUUUGACCUUGUUUUUAUCACAUAGUUGUGUUCAAUUGAUGUAUCUGUAAUACAACCCAAGUUGUUAUAUGUGUGGUGAAUUAUAGAUGUUAUGUUCCAAACCUU